UCAGAUUGCAUAGCUUUAGGUUUUUCUAAUGCAACAUUGAAUAUUUGUGGAUAUUGUGUGGAAGGGACAACAGGUUUGGAAAAAAAUUAUGGAAAAGAUUGUCGUGGAGUAUGUGGAGGAUCUGCUAUCAUUGACUGCACUAACGCUUGUGCUGGACAAGCUUUUGUGGAUGAAUGUACAGGAAAAUGCAUUGGAGGUACAAGUUCAAGAAAAGAAGACAAUAACCAGCAUGACUGUAGAGGACUUUGUUUAAGUUCUUCAAAGUUUGAAUACAGGAAUGACAUUUGUGGAGUAUGUAGUAAAGCUUCAGGCACUUUCUCCAUAUUCUGGGACUGUACAAACACAUGCCAUCUACCAGGUGAUCACAUACCCAAAGCCCAAUUAUUAUGUGGGCAAUGUGUAGAUGGAAAAUCAAAUAUAUCUUCCUCUGAAGUUUUAGAUGAGUGUGGACAGUGUAAAAGGGAUAGCAAACCGUGUUUUUGUAAUGGACAUGGACAGCUUGAUGCUUGUGGUGUAUGUAAUGGUCAAGGGAAAUCCUGUGUGAAUUUACAAAGUGUAUCUCCUGUUGCAGCACUCAAUAUGACUGACACUACUGUUAUGCUGAUUGGUGCUUUCAAGGUUGUUAAAGGAAGUAUCAAUUGUGUGUUUAGUUUGAAUGGAGACACUGAUGAAUCUAAUCAGUUAGUGACAUACGUAACAGGCUCAGGAAAUGGCACUGUGGUUUCUUGCAUUGUGAAACUACCAGCAGGUCAGUAUAAGGUUGGAGUUCAGCUGAAUAGAAAAAAUAUAUUUGCUGCUAACACUUUAUUUUUGGUAUACACUGACAAUGUGGGGUAUGAUGACAUGACUCCUUCAAGAGCAGCUUAUAAUGGUCAAACUGAAAGUAUUGCUGGAGUAACUGUGACCUUUAGGCAAGGAAAUGUUCCAAAUCUUCCAUUGUAUUGUUUAAUUACCAAUAUUGAAUUGCCUUCAGAAAAAACUGUCAUUGAAGGAAACCCAGACAAGCUAGCUACUUGCAUCAUACCAUAUCCAUCAACCUCACAGAACAUCACAGUUUCGCCCUCUUUAGAUGGGCAAAACUGUCUCACAAAAUCAUUUAAUUUUUCAUUUUUUGCACCACCACCUAAAGUGAGACAGGCUUACAUUCCAGAAGAUGGAAGUGCAGUAGUAGUAAUCUUUGACCGACCAGUGGAAGUGUCUAACCUGCAGGAUUGUUCUCUUCUUCUCUCUGCUUCCACAUUACAGCAGCUGGGUGAAAAAUCUCUCUGUCACUGGGCAUCCCAAACCCAACUUGUUGUUUUUGUGAGUAAACAAAUCAAAGGUAACACAGUCACUGUUACUCUACAGUCUGGGGUUAUAUCAGAAGCUGACCAGGAAGUGGCUGAAGCUAUGACUAGUAACCUGAAUGUUCAAGCCAGUAAAGUUCCUUCUGGUGGUGAAAACAAAGUGAUGAUUACUGGACCAAGUACUGUCUCUUUGUGUGGAAACUUUGUACUGACAGCACACUUUUCAUCUCCAAAAGGUGGUGGUACAGAUUUUUUCUGGACAGUACAAUGCACUGACAUGCAGAAUGUUGACCAGCACUUACUGAAUACUGUUAGAGGGACAAAAAUGCCUCAUCUGAUUUUGGAACCAUCUUUGCUAGAAGCUAACAUCAUUUAUGAGUUCAUUGUUUCUGUCAGACCACCAGGGGAAAGAAAUUCUCUUCAAGCUUAUCACUCAGUUACUAAGCAUUCUUUUCCGGCCCCCCUGGUGACAGUAUAUCCAAGUUUCUUGCUCUCAACAGAUCAACUGAGUAAAUGGGAGAUACUAGGAAAUCUUAGGAAGCUACCAAGAACAGCACAGAGCUCAGUGCUGCCAUCAGCUUGUGCAGUUGUUUCACAAAAUUUUUGGGGUAGAAAAAAACCAGGGAUUCUUCUGUCAGCUGAAGCAAGCUUCCCUGACUGUAUUGAAAAAUCACAACAGAUCAAAUUCAUGUGGACUGUGGAUAAUCCCCGAGUAAAGUUUGACUUUGUCCAUCUUUAUUCUUCAAACUAUAGGGUGGCUCCUUACACUCUACCUGAGGGUCAGAAAGUCACAUUUACAGUGAGAUCUUUUCUGGAUAGAAAUCAAACUCAGUUCACCUCUUCCUCAGUCACCCUAGUGACUCCUGUACACCAGUUCAAAGCUUUUAUACAAGGAACCUCAUCACGGAUUGUUGGAACACAAAGUGGAGUAAUGCAACUUGAUGGAUCAGGUUCAAGUCAGGGUUGGAUGUCUUUGGUUUAUCAGUGGAGCUGCCACACUGAUGACAAACAACCAUGUUUUAAUCAUAAGGAUAUGUCCAGCAGCAGCCUGCUCAUUCCUAGAAAUAAACAGAAGCAGCCAAUUCUUGAAAUAAAUUCGAAAUUUUUAAAAGCUGGAGAGAAACUAAAUUUUGGUCUUCAAGUGUUUAAUGUAUCCAAUCAUACACAGAACAGUGAAAUUGCCAUGGUUUCAGUGACUGUAGUUAAAGGAAAUAUCCCACAGGUGGUCAUUCAGUCAGUAACAGUUUAUGGAAAACCUGUGAUGCCGGACUCUAACCUUUUCAAUGUUCCUGCUGGAGCUGCUGUGAAAGUAAAAGCCACAGUUACUUCAUACACAAUACCUAUAUUCAUUGUUAUUUGGAAUAUAACAGACUUUCUUCAUUCCUAUGGUUACAGUGGUGGACUCCGAGGAAGAGAGAAAGGAAGGACAAAACUUUUUAUACCAGAAGGAACCCUGGUGGGGCAUGGUUUCUAUAAAGUUACUGUAACUGUAUGUAAUAAACAUGGAGGAUGUGGUAUGAAUAAUCUGACAUUGUAUGCUACACCUUCUGUCUCUCUGUGUCAAGUUAAGGUCAAAUCUUUCACAGCACUCAAUAGGGCAGUUGGCUGGGUUUAUGGAUGUUCCAUUCCUCUGGACAAAGCUCCUCUAACAUACCAGCUGUAUGUGAGGUCUCAACAAGGUUGGGUUCCUGUUACGCAGCCCCAGUACUCUAGUGUGUUUCAGUUUUUUGGACCACUUCUUCCUGAAAAUGGUGUGUUAGUUUUUGGGGCUGAGGUAUGUGACAAAUUUAAUUAUUGCUCUUGGUUCCAUUCUGAGCCUGUUCAAGUCAUGUAUCCUACAAAUAUCACUCUCCAAAAGAUGGUGCUAUUGGCUCGUUCAAAAGAAACAUAUGAUUCAGGAAAUCCCAUAGAUGCCUUGUAUCAGCUCUCGCUUGCCACAUUUGCAUUAGCAGAAAAUGUCACAACCAAACAAGUUAAAACUCUAGUGAAGUAUUCACUCUCAGCUCUCUCAGGCACUUUAUCUACUGGCAAUGUUCUUAUUGUGUACAACAGUAUGCUUCCUCUGUUAACCAUUAAUAAUACUGCUGUAAGAUUAGAUGCUAUGAUGAUUAUAGAACGCAUUACGAAGAAGUUGAUGGUGAAAAAGGUGACCCACAUUCUUCCCACAGUAAAGACCAUGUUUACUAAAAUUGUGGAGGUUUCCCUCGGUGACGUGAAAUUGAUGCAGCAGCUUACACAAACUUUAGGUGCUUUAUUAAAGGUAGCAGCAGCUGUUUUGACUAGAGGUCAGACACUGGAGUUGAAAAGUGAGCAUGAUGGGUUUCCUAAAGCUGUGUUAGAACAUAAAGUACUGGAUUCAGUUCCUGUUAUUGUCAAAGGAAAACAUUCUAAUGGUGAGCCAGUGGAAGCCAUGGUGGAAUUUUAUAAACAUGUAAGAAAUAGAUUCAGACACUGGCCAUGCGGUGAGUGGACCUGUGAUGGAGUGGUCAUAACUAUGAUAUUGUACCCUUCAGAUAGUCCAUAUCCAGAUGGUAUCUAUGCCACAAGACUUGCACCAGUGGUUAGUAUUGAGAUGAGGACACCUGGAACAGGUACUGUUGUUCCUCUCAGUUACAAUCAAUUUGACACUGUUCUGAUCAGUAUGACAAAAACUCAUAAUGUGUCAACAAAAGGAAAGCUAUCUGUUGAUUGUCAGUUUUGGGAUAGCUCAAAGAGGCAGUGGUCAAGAAAAGGUGUCAUAUCAUUAGGAUAUAGUGAUGGUCUUUUCUCCUGCUGGUCAUCUCACUUAUCAGCCUUCACCAUGUUAGAAGUAUCUAACAGAAUGACAAUGACCACUAUCAUUGGAAUUGCUGUGGCCUCAAUGAUGGCAUUUUUAAUAAUCUGUAUCUUGGUCAUUCUCUUUGUACGCAAGAAGCAAGCCAAAGUGUCAGAGGUGAACAGUGUAAUGCCUCACAAAGUGCAUCAGAAGUAGACUUCCACUCGAGAGAUAGGAUAAACUAACCAAUAAUGCCUUUCAACAGACAUGUACCCAUUCAAGAUGCUGUAAGAAAUAAACUAUGCAUUGAAACAAAAAUUAUAUGAGUUAAAAUAUUCAGGAAAGUAAUUUUUUUAACUCAGCAAAAAAGACAUAUUUAUCAUUAUUUUCAACUCUUUUUGCUAACUCUAUUUUUUAUGUCCUUCCUGUACAAUCAUGUGUAAAUAACUGGAAUAAAAUUAAACAAUGUGUAGGACUGAUCACAGGUAGUAAGCACUACUAAUUUCAAAUAGCUUGAAAGUUUUUAUUGUUGUUAUAAGAUAGUGUUUUGAAAAAAAAAAACAUCUGUUAAGACUUUGAAGGUUAUUUUUAAGGUACAUAUUGUCCUAUGUAACUGCAGGGAAAAAUUACUUAUAGUACCAAAUCUGGUGUGAUAGAAACUACAUUAGCCAUAAAAUGACAAAACUGCAUGAAGAACCAAUCUUUUAAUUGGUAGAUUAAAUCACCAAAAUAUUAAAAAGGAAAUACUUAAAACAGACUAAAGAAUUUAUAAAUAAAUUUUAGAGCUAAUGGUUAGAUACAAUUUAAAAGUAUUGCACUUAAAAAGCAUAUUUCCUGACUAGGAACUGUAACUGUAUAGAGGAUCUUAGUUUGCCUCUAAUAGCUAGAUAUACAACAAAUAUAGUAAAACAAUUUUUCAGUUUAUCAAUUGUAAACAGUUUAUGUAGUGAUGAGUAGCAAUUUUUUUUCAGUUGUAAAGAUAGCUUAGAUGUUGGUUUUAUACCUACAAAAGUUCAAUCCCAAAUUAUAAAAACAUUUGUAAAUUGAAAUAUUAAAUUUAGAAAGAUGAUCUUGUUUUUAUAACUGGAAAAUGUCAAACUUAAUGGUAGAAAAAUAUCCAUUAAUUAUUUAAAAUGCUGUUGAACCAUUAUUGAGCAAUUUAAAUUUUACAAAUAUAUUUUACUAUUCAUGAUUUUAAGAAUUAACCUGUCAUUGUUGUCCAUAAAGAUAUGUGUGUAACUUUAAACACACUGUUAAAUAAACUGUGUGAUAUGUAAAACGUUAUCUUACAAAAUAAAUUUCAAAGGAAUAAGAUAAUGCUGUUGUCCUAAAAUGUGUAUCAUUAAGAUAGUUUGCAUGAUUAUAAUGUGAAAUUAUGUUAAAUGGUGAAUUAUAAAAUGGAAAUAUGAUUUCACAUAGGCAGUGAAACUGGGGAGACAUAUACCCUCCACUUUGACCCAGUAGUGAACUGCUCCUUUGAAUGGAGAAUAGGGACUUGUGUGUAAUAUAAUUAUCAGGGAAAGUUGUGUAUUCAGUUUCAAUUCAGUGGUCAUAAAUAACAUAGCAAUUGUCAGUGCCCCCCCAAAUUCAAAUAUGUUCCACCACCUAUGUUAUUUAAGUAUAUUAUGUGGUAUCUUUUGAUGUGGAGUUGAAGACCUAUGUAAGACAUAUAUAAAAGUAUUUACUAUAUAUCUAUGUAUAUUAAAAUUCAAUUAAUACAUAAACAUUACUAUUUUUAUUUAGGCAUUUGUAGAUAAAAUUUCAUGUCUUUUUGUUUUUUUUAAUCAGAGUGAGGAUCAAAAGGUUUCAUGUUUAAGAUGUACUGCUACUAAACCAAACAUCUUUUGCACUUUCAACUAUAGAUACAUAAGAGUGACAGUCAAUCCCACCAUUUGGCUGAAAAUAAACACUUUAGACAGUGUGUGCUGCCAGCUGGUUACACCACAAAGUUACAGAAUUAGAGAUACCUCAACUACAAGGGGUCUAAGAUGUGGUGAUUUAACUCAUUAUAUGAAUAAAGCAUUCUUCUAGUAAGCUACUGAAGUAUCAUUAGUCAGUUGUGUUUUGUGUAUUAAUUAGCAAGAGCAUUUCCAAUAUGCCCUAUAAGCAACCAUCUCUUACCAGAAAUUGUAAAAAAAUGAUAUAGAAUUUGUUAUUAGAACUGUUAAAACCAGGACAAAGCUAUUUUUA